GCGGGGCAGCAAACCUUGUUCCCUCCAAUGCCAGUUUCCGUCCGUCAUUUCCCCAACGCUCUCCCUUCUCUCCCAACCCUUCUUAGGUCCUGCAAAACCCAAAACCAGCUCUACCAAAUCCAUGCCCACAUAAUUAAGAAAGGCCUGCACCGAGACCAAUUUCUCAUCAGCCUUUUCAUUUCCCUUUCCACUUCCCUCUCUUACUCCACUUCCAUUUUCAAUAACCUUUUCCAGCCCAGCUCUUUCCUUUGGAACUCUCUCCUCAAAGGGUACUCUAAAAAAUCCUCUUUUCUUCAAACCUUCUCUCUUUUUAUCCGUAUGAAGAGCGAGGGUGGGCUUCCUGAUAAGUACACUUACCCUUUAGUGAUCAAAGCUUGCUCGAGUGAGUUUAAGGCAUGGGAAGGGAAAAUGCUUCAUGGGUUGGCUUUAAAAAGUGGAAGCAAAGAAGAUGUUUUUGUUGGGACAAGUUUGGUUGACUUUUAUGUGAAAAUUAAGGAAAUUUUGCAUGCCAGGAAAUUGUUUGAUGAAAUGUUGGAGCGAAAUGUUGUGUCUUGGACGGCUUUGGUUGUUGGGUAUAUUAACGUUGGUGAUUUUGUGGAAGCGAAGAGAAUGUUUGAUUUGAUGCCGGAGAGGAAUGUGACUACGUGGAAUGCUUUGAUGGGUGGGUUGGUCAAAACAGGGGAUUUGGGGAAUGCUAGGAAAGUGUUUGAUGAGAUGCCUGAAAGGAAUGUGAUUUCUUAUACGACGAUGAUUGAUGGAUAUGCGAAGGCUGGGGAUACGGCGUCGGCGAUGUUUUUGUUUGAGCAGGCUCCGGAGCGAGAUCUCGUUGCAUGGUCUGCCAUGAUUUCGGGAUAUGAACAAAAUGGUCGGCCUAAUGAAGCUGUCAAGAUUUUUAUUAGAAUGGGAGAAAUGGAUGUUAAACCCGAUGAAUUUGUUUUGGUUAGCUUGAUGUCGGCUUGUUCUCAGGUCGGUAGUUUGGAAUUGGCUAGGUGGGUUGAUUGUUAUUUAAGCCGGAGUGAAAUUGAUACUAGGCAAGCACACGUUUUGGCAGCUCUUAUAGAUAUGAAUGCGAAGUGUGGAAACAUGGAUAGAGCAGCUAAGUUGUUUGAUGAGAUGCCUAAACGGGACGUAGUGUCAUAUUGCUCUAUGAUACAAGGAUUGGCUAUUCAUGGCCGAGAGGCUCAAGCUAUUGAGCUUUUCAAUAGGAUGAUAAGCGAAGGGCUGAUUCCAGAUGAAGUAGCCUUCACUAUUAUUCUGAAUGCUUGUAGCCGUGCUGGGCUUGUUGAGGAAGGUUGGCAUUAUUUUGAAAUGAUGAAAAAUGAGUACUCUAUGGUACCGAUACCGGAUCAUUAUGCUUGCAUGGUUGAUCUCUUAAGUCGGACAGGAUGGCUAAAAGCAGCUUAUGAUCUUAUAAAAUCUAUGCCCGUGGAGCCUCAUGCUGGUGCUUGGGGCGCACUUCUUGGAGCCUGUAAGUUGCAUUGUGAUGUUGAGUUAGGGGAGUUGGUUGCUGCUAGGCUGUUUGACCUAGAGCCUCUAAAUGCUGCUAAUUAUGUGCUGCUGUCCAACAUUUACGCUGCGGCAGAGCAAUGGGUGGAUGUUUCUCUUGUGAGGAAUAAAAUGAAGGAGCGGGGUGUGAGAAAAAUACCUGGUUGCAGUUGGAUUUAGUUCAUUACAUGAGUUUGUUAUUGUCCAGCAUGACUGCAAUAUGAGGAUUUAAUUUUUCCAGUUCCAUAGGCUAUCAGAUUUUUGAAGUAUAUGAUAAGUAUAGUAUAAUGACAAAAUGAUGAUGUGCAAUCCACUAUGAUGAAGGAAAGGUUGCUGGCAUUGAAACACUUUUUUUUAGAGAUGUUGAGUGCUGGGGUAUGAAACCAAGAAUGAAAUUAUGCUGUGGAAUGCUUUCAUUUUGAAUCAUGGUUUUCUUGAAGGAGAGGGUUUUCCUAUUGAGGCCUUUUGGCAUGCCUCUCGUUUGAAUCACUUCAUAUUUUAAUAUUUUCCUCUCAACCUUUUAAGUUGUAUUCUCCUCACUUUUUUAUGCAUAAUAGUCCAGUAGAUUUGUAUGACUUUAGAGAUUUCUUAUAGAAAGCUGAGCUAUUUCUUCUGUACAAAAAUUUCUUAUAUAAUUCAAACCCAAAAUGCUUGCGUUCAACAGUUACAGAAGUC